CCCCUGUCCCCCUGUCCCCUGUCCCUGUCCCUGUCCCCAGAGCCGUCCCCGGUGCUCCGCGGUUGCUCCGUGCCGGUCCCGGCGCCGCUGGUGCCGGUUCAGGCCUGGGUGGGGUCCCUGCGGCACCCCGGGGACACCCUGAGGGGCCUGGCCGACCUGCACCCCGACGUGUUCGCUGUCACCCCCAGGCUGGACAUCCUGCACGCCGUGGUCACGUGGCAGAAGAACUACAAGAGGAUUAGCCACGCCCGGGUCAGAACCAGGGCCGAGGUGAGGGGAGGGGGCCGCAAGCCCUGGAGGCAGAAAGGGUCCGGCCGCGCCCGCCACGGAUCCGUGCGAUCACCACUGUGGCGUGGGGGUGGCAUCGCUCACGGCCCGCGGGGUCCCACCAGCUACUUCUACAUGUUACCCAUGCGUGUGCGUGUCCUGGGGCUGAAGGUGGCCCUGAGCGUGAAGAUGAUGCAGGACCAGCUGCACCUGGUGGAGAGCCUGGAGCUGCCCAGCGCCGAGCCCCGGGAGCUGCUGGAGCUGGCACGACACCGGGGAUGGGGACAAUCCGUGCUGCUGGUGGAUGUCAAGGAAUUCCCGGAGAAGCUCAGCGCCGCGGCCGAGGGGCUCAAAUCCAUCACCCUCAUCCCAGCCCUGGGGCUGAACGUUCACAGCCUGCUGAAACACCAGACCCUGGUGCUCACCCUGGACGCCGUCACCUUCCUGGAGCGGCGGCUGCUGUGGCACGACUCGCGCUACUCGGCCCUGUUCCCCUUCUCACUGCCCUACCGGGACCUGCCGGGAGCUCCCCGGGCUGGGUGAGACCCCCCUGGGGGGAUCUGACCCCCCCUGGGUGGGAUUUGAUCCCCUCAGGUGGGAUUUGAUCCCUCCAUGGGGUGGGAUCCGGUCCCGAUCCCAUCAGGAAAUGAUUUGGGGUUGGGUGUUGUGUCCCCUCUCCAUGACCUGCCAGGACCUGCCAGAACCCCCCGAGCCGGGUGAGACCCCCCUGGGGGGAUCUGACCCCCCCUGGCUGGGAUCUGACCCCCCCUGGGUGGGAUUCGAUCCCCUCAGGUGGGGUUUGAUCCCCUCAGGUGGGAUUUGACCCCUCCAUGGGGCAGGAUCUGGUCCUGAUCCUGUCAGGAUUUGGGGUUGGGUCUUGUGUCCCCUCUCCAUGACCUGCCAGGACCUGCCAGAACCCCCCAAGCUGGGUGAGACCCCCCUGGGGUGGGAUUUGACCCCCCCCGGGUGGGAUUUGACCCCUCCCCAGGUGGGAUUUGACCCCCCCAGGUGGGAUUUGACCCCCCCCGGAUGGGAUUUGACCCCCCCCAGGUGGGAUUUGACCCCCCUGGGUGGGAUUUGACCCCCCCCGGGUGGGAUUUGACCCCUCCCCAGGUGGGAUUUGACCCCCCCUGGGUGGGAUUUGACCCCCCCGGGUGGGAUUUGACCCCCCCCAGGUGGGAUUUGACCCCCCUGGGUGGGAUUUGACCCCCCCAAAGCGGAUCCGGCCCCGAUCCCGUCGGGAAUUUGGGGAUCUCGGGGCUGUCGGGCACUGCUGUGGCAAUUAAAGGGAUUUCUUUAA